ACGCACAAUUUACAUACGACUUCCAAGAAGUGGUUCUUACGUAUGGCAAUUCUAUUGCCGCCAAGCACAAUACCAAAUUAUUAUGGGUCGAUCUCCAUGCAACGAAUCCCGCAAUGCAACAGUACGACUGGUGUAAGGUUUCCGUGAGCUUAAUCAACACUACAUUCUACAAAGCUACAAAACCAGAAUACAUGACAGCCACAGAAAGUAAUCAAACAAUUGUAAACGAUUCUGACAAAGAUUUAACAAGCACUCCAGUUCUCAAGUAUUCGGUUACAAAUGACCACACUUUUACCAUCCUUACGGCGCUCAAGCAAGCCAAUUCAUUCAAUCUCAACCUUAAUUUAGGAGAUAUAAUCAGUAUAGGAAUAGGAGACACGAUAACUGAGGAAGUCGAUUUUCAGACAACUCAAGCUCAAUCCCACACUGAGACAAGUGAUAGCGAAAGUUCUGCAACCUUUACGAUACCUCCCCAUCAAAAACGCAAAUUUUAUGCUCUAGUUCAGAAGGUGACGUUUAGUACAGGCUUUAAUGCUUCGCUUAAGAUUUCAGGGUGUGCCGCUCUUUGGUUUCAAGAUAAAAUAUUAGAUCAUUAUUUAAUGUUUCAAUCUGUCCAAGAAAUUGUUAAUAAUGUUUCCUCAAUCGAUCCAUCACAAAUUACUGUCUAUAAAAGUGAUUCAACUGGUGUUAAUUUUACAGCAAAGGGAAUCGUUCAAGUAGUGUAUGGAUACAAUUCAACUAUUGAGGCUGAAAAUGUUUAG